AUGCCGAAAAGCAGGCACCGCUUGCGAGAUCUCCCUUACACAAAAGCCUCGCCCAAAAGGCGGCAAAUGCACGAUCUGGAAGAUAGGGUUCGCCAAAUGGAAUCCUUGCUCACCGCGUCAGGCCUCGACCCCUCAGCACUGCCUUUACCGCCUGAAGGGCCUCCCCGCGACAGCGAUGCAGUGUCAUCAGUCUCGAAAGAUUCAGCAACUAACAUUGAUUUUCCAUCCCUUGGGUUUGGCUCCAAUUAUGGCGACUCGAUUGCGGAACGAACACCGAGCAACUCCAACCCAGCCAGUUGCGAGGCCACACCAAUGGAGCCUUUUGCAGAUCCUGUGACUACAUGCUCAAACUUUGGUCAGAAUCCAUUGUGCAACGGAUGGAAUCUGCCAGAUCAUGUCUAUCAGCACCAACAUACCGUACUGGACACCGGACCCACACAACGCGACCUACCUCCGCCGCACGAGGCCACAUUACUGCUUCAGGAGUAUCUGGAAGACUGGAAUAAAGCUAUUCCAUUGUUUGGACGGGACGCAUUGGUGCAAAUCUUUCAAGACUGCUACGCUGGUCGCGAGCCUGAAGGCUCAAAUGCUUUUCUCGCCGUGAUGGGGGUUUUAGGACUGGCCCACCGUCUCAGAGGCAUGAGCCCUGUAGCCAGUCCGGACGAUGAAAGCUUAGCAGACGCUUACAAGCAGCAUUUGCUGAAAGCUUACCCGUCCUUGCUCAUGCAAGAUCCCUCGCUGCUCUCGGUACAAUGUGUCUUGAUUCUCGGCAUGCUUCUGUACCUGUCGACGGACAAUAAUCGUGCGCCGUAUCUCGUGUCCACGGCUUUGAGAAUGAUGGAACCUUUGGGACUUGGCUCGCGGCCAAGUCAAGCAUUGCCAGAUGGGAUGGCCGCCGAUGACCAGUGGGUUACACUCUUCUGGAUCGCAUUUGCGUUAGAGACAGAGUUGUCACUGAGAUACACCCGUAUGCCAAGCUGGCGACUGGCUGAUUUGGCACAAAUCGAACUACCGCCCCAAACCGCCGCUCAGGGUAUCGGGGAAAUCCGAUCCGCAACUGGAGACGGAUGGAGCAUUAAUUUCCUGCGUCUGCGGUCAGAAUUGGCCCUGAUCCAGGCUCGAGUAUGUGAGAACGUGCUGGCGACUUCUACACGUAACGAAGAUGUUGAUCAGGCUGCGGGCAAUCUGAAAAAAGAACUAGAAAAGUGGCGUUCUUCCUCCUGGGUUUUCAGGCUGAAUCCCCCGGACCUCGUGCGCGAAAUCCACCGAUCGGACCUGGUACUACUAACCAGCUUAGAGGCCAACUACCUUAUGACCCUGUUCAUUCUCGAGACUCAUAUAAAUUUGCGGCCCAAAGGAACGAGUGGUGUCUGGGACCCAGAGACUAUCCUGAAGAUUGGGCUGGGCAAAACACCACUGUGCCUGGCAGACACGCGGCGAUUCGUCGCUUUCCUUCGGGUUCUACCAAGAGGCGAUGUUGCUUGGCUCUACAUGGUUUCACACGCCAUCAUCGCAGCAAUCGCUAUCUUGAUGUCUCACGCCACAACUAACCCAGAAGAGGACGGGGUUCCGCCGGAUAUACGCAUUUCCAAAGCAAUGCUCGACGUUAUAAUGCAGUUGAGUAAGCGAUGCCGGACCAAGGAUUGCCGGGCUAUACAACAAGUGUGCUGGCAUCUCUACCAGCAUGCAGAAUCUGUUGUUGCGAAAGCAGUGCCGCGAUCUCGUAUUCGCGUCUAG